AUGGCAUUGAAAAAGGGAAGGGGGACGUCGAACAAACUAAAAAAGAGAAAUAAAGCAAAAAACAUUAUUGAUGAUGACUAUAGUUCCGAAUUGAGUAUUACAGUGGUGGGUGAACCGGAUUACAAUGAGGUUUUUGAAGUGGAAAGGAUUGUAAUGGCAAGAUAUAAAUUGAACAUAAAAAGAAAAAAAAAUAGAAAAGAAGAGAGUUUAGAUAAUUUUGAAUUUUUUAUAAAAUGGAAAAAUUAUGAUAGUGAUGACAAUACUUGGGAGCCAUUCGAAAAUUUAAGUUCCACGUUAAAGGGACAAGCGCGAAAAGCUGCUCUGAAAUUGACUGAAGAGUUAAGCAUAAUAAGAUCAAAUGGAGAAGGUAGUAACGCAGGAAAUAGAAAUGGAGUUAAUAAAAGGAAAAAAGGAAUAAUAAUAAAUACAGUUAAGAAUGAAUUAAUUGAUAACUUUACAAAUAAUGUAAUUGACAAUAACUUGAAUGGACUUGAAGAUCAAGUUACAAAAAAUAUGGCAAACGAAAUGGAUUCUGAACAUAUUCAUAAUAUUGGUAAUGGUAAUGGAAAUAGUAUUAGUAAUAAUAAUAAUAAUAUUAACAGUAAUAGUAACAGUAAUAGUAAUAACUGUUUUGCAAGAAAUAUGCUGGAUGAUGACGACCUAAUAAAUAGUGAUAGCCUUUUUAAUAGCAUGAAUAUUAGCAAAAGCAUUAACGAUCACUUUGAAAAAGAUAGUUGUACGCAUCGUAAAAAAUUAGGGAAUAUUAAAAGUAUAUUAUGUAUAUCAGAUAGAAUUAAUAAUAUUGGUAUUUUAAAUAAAAAUAAAAAGAUAUCAAGUAGUGCCAAAAAUAAAAUAUUAGAUCGACUGGAUAAAAAUUAUUUUAUAAGACAAAAAAAUAAAUUUAAUACAAUUUUAAAAAAUAACAAAAAUUUAUUUGAUCAUUUUAUUAAUAGUAGAAAUAAAGAAUUAUUAAAUAAUGAGAAUAAUAAUAAUAUAUUAAGAAAUAAUGAUAUUAAUAUAUUUGAUCAUUUUGAAAGUACAAAUUUUGAUGAAAAAAAUGAUAUACAUCAUCAUUACCAUAGCCAUAAUCAUAAUCAUCAUCAUACACAUAUAUGUAAUGACUCCAAUAAAUUAUCUCCAGAAAAUUAUAACAGUAAAAGUUUGGUUACCUUUGCAAACAAUUUACAAAAUGAUGAAGAUGCUUAUCUUUUCUGGAAAAGUAGAGAUAAAAGGAAAUUUGAAUCCCUAAACCUAGUAUAUAAUAGUACCAACGCUCCAGUCCCUGGUAGUACUACUAACAGCAGUAGAAUGCAUAACAAUAACAGUAACAUUAAUAGCAACAGUAACAUCAACAAUAUCAAUAGCAGUAAUAAUAUGAACAUGAGUAAUAGCAUGAACUUGAGUAAUAACAUGAACUUAAGUAAUAACAUGAACUUGAAUAAUAAUAUGAAUAUUAGUAAUAAUGUGAAUAUUAGUAAUAACAUGAAUAUUAGUAAUAACAUGAAUAUGAGCAAUAAUAUGAAUAUAAGUAAUAAUAUGAAUAUGAGCAGUAACAUGAAUAUAAGUAAUAAUAUGAAUAUCAGUAAUAACAAUAAUAAUAGCAACUGCAACAACAAUGGUAACAAUAACAGCGAAAUACCGCCCUUGUACAUGUAUGAUAACAAAAGAUUGAAAAAAAUUAAUUUGAACAAUAAUAAUGAUAGUUUUAUUUAUGAAGAGGAAUACGUAUCGAAGAGACCAUGCAAUUCUUUAAGUUCAUCCGAAAUGUUGUUCAUAUCAGAUAAAAUGUAUGAGCAGUUUAUGACAAAAAAUAAUAAUAUAGAGCGUUGUAAAAAAUCACAAGAAAAUGAUGAACAACCAUUUAGUAACAGCAAUAAUCAGAGGAGGAAAGGAUACAAAAAUAUGGUUUCUUCAUCAUUAUUAUUUAAUUCUAGAAACAGUGGAAAUGUUAGAAGUAGUAACAAAAAAGGUAGUAGUAGUACUAGUACUAACAAUAAUGAAGAUGAUCAUUUUUACAUAAAGGAUUACUACACUAAUAACAACAAUCAGAAUUAUAUAAUUGUGAAGAAUGAAAUAACCGAUGAGGAUAAUAAUAUAAGCACAAAAGAUAAAAGACCAUAUGCAAUUGCGCAUAUAAAUAGUGGCAAAAAUUUAGAAGACGAACAAAUCAGGCACAGUAGCGGUAGUACCACCAGUCCUUGCAGAAAUAAUAGUGCAGCAGUCCAUUACAACAGUAGUAGUAGUAACCAUAUGAAGAAAAAAAAAAUGAAUGUAAAAACAAAAAAUGAUAGCAAGGAAAGGCACAACAACGUCGGUGUUGGUAACAAUAGUGGCAUGAAUAGCGGCAAUAUCAGCAACAACAGCAACAACGUAAACAACUUUAACAAUAUUAAUAAUGUGAACAAAAUCAAUAACAGCAACAGUAAUAGCAAUAACAAUAGUAAUAACAAUAAUAACAGUCAUAACAGUUACAAUAAGCUUAAUAUAGGUGAGAAUAACAGCAUAAUAAAUAAUAAUAAUAAUAAGACAUGUAUAAUAAAUAACAACAAUACGAAUUAUAUAACUAUUAAUAAUCAUAAAAAGAAGGCCCUUUAUAAGAAUAAAUCUCCAUCAAAAAUACCAUCAGGUAAUAUGUUCAAGAAAAAGUUAAGUACAUUUAAAAAAAGUAUGAAGAAAUUUUCCAAAAAUAAUGCAACAGCAGCAGGUGGUCACAUGCAUGCAGUGAACCUGCACAGAUUUGAUAGCAAUAAUGAAAAAAAGAGAUAUUUAGAUUUUGAUCAUAUAUCCACUUCAAGUGAAAUAUUAUUUAAAAAUAAAUACUCUACGGAAAAUAUGAAUAUAUAUAGAGACGAUAUGCUUCAUUUUGAAGAACUUUUGGAUAGAAAGAACAAAACAUCCUUUAAAGAUAUGCACGAUAAUGAUAACUUUGCGGAGUAUGGUAGCAGUCUUCACCCCGACAACAACAACAGUAACCACCACAGUAGUAGCAACCACCAUAAUAACAAUAACAAUGCAGAAGAAGAGCACAUGUUCGACGUGGAGGACUCGUAUUUCAGUAGAGGACUGCAUAAUGUAAGUUCACUAUACGAAAUGUACAUGAAGGACAGGAACAGCAAUAAUAUUACUGCUGAAGAGAAGACCCUUGUGAAUGGUUGUGCUUAUGAUAAGGAAGAUGGGAAAAGCAUUAAGUCGUCUUAUAAUAAUAAUAAUAAUAAAAAUAGAAGAAAUUUGUUUGCUGAAAAAUUAUUAGAAGCAAAUAGUACAGAAAAUAAUAUAUGUAGAAAAAAUGGAGUAGAUUAUAUUGAAGUUGAUAGAAAUGGAACAUAUACAUCAAAUGAUGUGUUAAAUAUUCGUAAUAUUGUGUAUGACGAAAAUGUGGACGAAUCUAUAAGUAAUGAACUGUUUACGGCUAAUGAAAGCCUAGUUAUGAAACAUUCUUUUGAGGAAAACGAAAUUAAGCAGAGGGAUAACAACGAUAUAAAUGGUAACAACAACAGUAACAGUAACAGUAACAGUAACAAUAAUCGUAAUAGCAGUGGAAUUGGUAAUGCAAUUGGCAGUGCUAUUGGCAGUGCUAUUGGCAGUGGCAAUGGAAGUGGCAAUGGAAGUGUCUUUAGACUAUUGAGCAGUGCAAGCACCGAUCACAGGAAUAUUAACAAGCGAUUACAUGAUUAUGCCUCACUUGAUGGGAGAUAUUUCGACCAAUUUUCUGAGGAAAAUAUUAGAUUUUUUAAUGAGUUAAAUGAUGAAGAAAAGAAUGUUGUAAGCUCAAAUGAAUAUCUGACCGAUGCAGUAUACAUCACGGACGCUGCUAAAUAUUAUCUCAAUGAUAAAGGUGAACAAAGGAGUAAACCAAGUCCUAAGGAGAUUGGAGAUAGUACCAACAUUACCAAUAAUAAUAUCAGUAACAACAGUGGUAUUAAUAGCACUACUAAUAGUAACAACCAUAAUAAUAUCAGUAUCAACAAAAACGGUGGAAGUAAUAGGAAUAAUGAGGAUAAUUAUAAUGUCAACGAGGAGGAAAUGCUUGAAUAUGUUAGGAACGUUUUCAAGAAAAACAAUAACAAUGGUGACAAUGCAAGUGAGAGCGGAAGUGGAAAUGGAAGUGAUGAUGGCAAAAAGGAUAGUAACUUAAAGGAAUAUACAAGGAAUAAUAGUGAUAGUAUUUAUCAUAAUGUACAUAGUGAUUAUGUACCUAGUGAUAUACAGAGUGACGCAAAUAUCAAUGCAGAUAAUAACAUAGGUAAUAGUGGAAGUAACAUCAAGAGUAAUAUUCUGGAUAACAACACAGAUAACAGCAUAGAUAACAGUAUGGAAAAUGGUAUGAUCAAUGGUAUGAUGAGUGAUAUAACUAUUGGUGCGAUCAAUGGUACGAUCAGUGGUGUGAACCAUGGGGAGAACAGUAGGGAGAAUGAUAAUUCGAAAAAAUUAAAAACUGUGAAGCGCACGGACUUUGAAACAGUAACGACAAGCAGUAUAUACGAUGAUCCCAUUAAAAAGAAAAAAAUUCUAGCCAUGAGUGAAAAUCUUGUUAUUAAUGAAAAUAAUAAUAGCAAAGAUAUUUUAAGAAGGAAGGUGCAAGAGAAUAAAAAAAGAAUAUAUACCAAUAAUGAUCAUGUUAAAACUAAUAACAGAAAAAUAAAUCGCUCUAAUUCCGAUAUCAUCAAUAAAAAAAAUUCCAUCAGAAAAAUUAAUUAUUACGAAAAAACGAAUAUGAAGAAAAAGCAUGAUCAUAAUAACAACAACACAUCAAAUAAUUUUCAAAACACAACUAUUAACGUAGAUGGGGUGAAUACGACCAACUCCGUAAAUAUUAGGCGUUAUAAUAAUAGCGGCAUGGGUGAUGGAAUAAACAGCGAUGUUAGUAGCGGUUUGAAUCACAUUGAAGGGGAUAUUAUAAUAAACAUAAAAGAUCUAUUCAAUACUGAAGAUGAAAAGUGUGAUUAUUAUAUCAACUUUUUGGAAAAUGUUUUGAGCGCAUUAAAGGAACGACGUUUAUAUCAAUCGGAGGAUGCUGUUAUAUUAAAUGAGUUAAAGUUAAAUAUGAAUACAGAAGAAGACAAUGAUGUACAACAAAAUGAAUAUGAAGAGAAACAUGUAAGUACGAAUAGUUUCCAUAAGAUGAUUAAAUAUCCUGAUGAAUUUGUAAAAUUUUCGAAGCAUUCAAGAAAGGCGCCUUUUGAAAAUUUACAACUGGAGAGUAACAGACCAAAGCAAAUGAGAUUAAAAAAUAUUCUCUACAGUUGUAAUAAUAUGAACGAUGAUAGUAUCAACAACGUUAGUUUUAACAACAUUAGUGGCAACUUGAACAGCAUUAGUAACAACGUGAACAGCAUUAGUAACAACGUGAACAGCAUUAGUAACAACGUGAACAGCAUUAGUAACAACGUGAGCAGCAUUAGUAACAACGUGAGCAGCAUUAGUAACAACGUGAGCAGCAUUAGUAACAAUAUGAACAACAGUGCUCUUUUACGAAUAAGUAGCAAGCGCAAUUCGGACGAUUAUCCAGAUUUAAAUAAUAGCAGAAGUACCAUGCAUUUUGUAAAUAGAUCGAAUUAUGAUAAAAGAGGAAUUGUAGAAAAGAAGGUAUUAUUAUCUGCAUAUUCGAAUAAAAAAGGGGAAAAAAGGAAAAAAAAAAAGGGAGCAGUGGCUGAAGCAGUGGACGUGGCAGAGGGGGAUAACAUGGCAUAUUACGAAGAUGAAGUUCAGGCAAAGUUAAAUAUGAAUAAUAUUAAUAAUAAUAAUACAUUAAUAGAAAUUAAAAAGAAAGAUAUCCAAGCAUUAAAAAUAGAUGAAAGUAAAGAUGACCCUAUCAUUUCUUAUGAUGACAUAAAUGAAAAUAUUAACAUUGACAAUGAGCAGCAACGUGAGAAGCAACAGUAUGAACUGCAACAAGACGAACAACAUAGAAUGAAGUAUGCGCGAUUAGAUAUUCUAAAUAUAAGUGUUGUUAAGAUGAAUUACAUGGACAGGUAUAUUGAGUAUAGCGAGUCAAUUGAUAAAUUGGCCCUAAACAACAUCGAUUCCCUUAUAAAAAACAUGAAUGUUAUAAAUUUUUACAAUGGAAAGAAUAAAAAUAGUAUUAAUUUCAUAAAAGGAAAUUUCCAAGUACAUCUGUUAGAGUCAUAUACAAACAUUUUACUUUAUUUUGAUAUUUUUAACGAUUUUAGAAAUUACAAUUUUAUAUAUAAAAAUUGCGAAUUUAUAAAUAUAUUAUUAGACUAUGUUUGUGAUAGCAAAAGUGAAAAUAAAAAUUUUAAUGUAAAUAGUUCGUUAAAUGAGUUAUCAAAAAAUAUUAUGUUAUUUGAUGAAAUAUAUAAACUAAAUAACAAACUAAAUGAAUUUUUUAAGGAUAUAUUUUUAUCCAUUAAUGUAAAGCCGAAUCUAUUUUUUUUCCCCUCUCCUGAUUAUUUCGAAAGAUUUUAUUUUCAUUUAAGUUGCAAAGCCGAUUUGACGGAUGCUGAUAAUAAUAACACAGAUAAUAAUAAUAAUAAUAAUACGGAUAAUACUAAUAAUACGGAUAAUACUAAUAAUGCGGAUAAUACUAAUAAUACGGAUAAUACUAAUAAUGCGGAUAAUACUAAUAAUGCGGAUAAUUCUAAUAAUGCGGAUAAUAUUAGUGAAAAAAAUGGCGUUUCACUGCAUACAGACAGUAGCUAUAGAGAGAUCAGUUCGAAAGACAAUAAAGAUCAUUCAAAAAAUGAAUAUAGCAGCGACACUUGGGAAGACGCGAAUGAGGAGUCUGGUUGUAAUGGAAAUGAUCAUCAUGUAGGAGAGGAACAGCAGGAGCAGAAACUGGAGGAGGGGGGUAGUGGUGUGCUUUACAGUGACUGCAACAAUGCGCAUAAUGAAGUCCAUAGAAACGAUCAUAGUGCGAAUCGCAAUGAAGUGCAAAGUGAAGUACAAAAUGAAAUCCAUUACAAUAUAGACUCACGCAUUUUCGUUGAAAACGUUAUCGCCAAUUUGAGCACAAGCAUUAAUAACAAUGAAAACAAUAACAAGGAAAAUAAUGCUAGCUCAAUUCCGUGUAUUAGUAGGAGUAAGGGAUUUAUGAAGAACGCAAGUUUUGAAAAAUGUGAAAGCGGUAAUGAGAAGAAGAGUUGUUAUGAGGACCUACGCGAAAAAUAUUUUGAAAAAAAGGUAGACACAGAUGAGCUUGGUCUGCAUAUGUAUCAGAGUGACCAUUUGAAUGCUGAAAAACAAAAAUUACAAAAUGACAAACCUGCACCAAAUGUAUCAAAUAAUUGUAUUAAGAAAAAAAAUGAUGCUCCUAUAGUUUGGAAAAACAGUAACAUUGAAGCAAAUGAAUAUAAUAAGAAUGUUAUUAUGAGUAAAAAAAGUAGUAGUAAUGGUAGUGGUAGUAGUAGUGAAGUAGAUAUUGAAUACAAAUCAUUAAGUGAUGUGCAUCAAGUGGAGGAAGCUUCAGAUGUAUAUCAUAAGAAAAUUACUAAUUUUUAUGAAUGCAAAGAAAUAUGUAAUGAGGAUGAAACGGCUAUGCAUGAGAACUGUAAUAAUAAUUCUAGUGCAACUCUUUACACCAAUUUAGAAUAUGCUUCGAAUGAUCAACCUGGUUUUCCUAAUAAAGUAAUCAGUGUUGAUUGUAUGACAAAACAGCAAAAGGACGUCAGAUCAAUCAGUGCAGAGUUGGUAUAUCACAGUGAUGUUAAUAGAAGCAUCAACAACGAGAAUAUUAAUAAGUGUAGUAGUAGUAAUAGUAUUAAUAGUAAUAAUAAGAGUAGUAGUAGUAAUAAUAAGAGUAGUAGUAGUAAUAAUAAGGGUAGUAGUAGUAGUAGUAAUAGUAAUAGUAAUAGUAAUAGUAAUAGUAAUAGUAAUAGUAAUAGUAAUAGUAAUAGUAAUAGUAAUAGUAAUAGUAAUAGUAAUAGUAAUAGUAAUAGUAAUAGUAAUAGUAAUAGUAAUAGUAGUAGGAGUAAUAAUAAUGGUAACGAAAGGGAAUUUACAGCUAUAACUAACGAAUCCAGUGAGUGUGCGAAAGAUGGUUCACAUAUCAUUGAUGUAUCGGAUGAGAUAGAAAAGAUAGAAGAAAGUAAUAACAAUAUACCUAGUAGUAAUAAUGUAUUGGAUGAGCAUAAUAAUACCAUUGAAAAAAUGGAUGAAAUGAACAAUAGUUUUAACAAAAGGAACUGCAGUAACAGCACCACAGCUACGAUAACAACGACUACAGCUCAGGCAAACAACCCAAAUGAGAACACAGUUAACUUUCAUAUUAAAACGCAAAAUCAAUGUAAAGAUGAUGACAACAAUAAUGGCCAUCGAAGGAAUAAUAAUGGGCAUGACGAUUAUGAAGAUGACAAUAAUAAUAACGUCGGUGGAAGUGGUGCUCCUAACAUGAUUAGCAAUAACAAAGGCUCUGGUAGUCAUAACAGAAACAAUUAUGCCGGCAACAGUGGGGGAGGUAGUAAUAAAGCAGGAGGUAAUCAUAGCGGAAGCAAUCACAAUGGAAGCAAUCACAAUGGAAGCAAUCACAGGAGUAGCACUGAUUUUAACUUCCAUUAUAAUAAUGAGAAUCGAGGGAGCGGCAUAUUUUUAAACGAUAGUAUUAGUAACUCAACAUUAUUUUUAAAAAAUUGUUACAUGCCAAAGGAACAAACUAAAAAGAAUUUGUUAUUAAUAGCAGUCCUUUAG